AUGGCACGAACCAGUACUCGUUCUGAUUCCGCAUCACCUUCUGUUUCGAGAGCUGCUUCUGCUUCGACUCCGGUCUGCUCAACGCCAUACCACUGGGCUUUCACCGUCGCGCUUGGUCCCGUCAAAGGAACCGACUGCUUCGGAAGUCACGCAGAAGCAGAUGCGGCAUUCAAUUUGUGGUUUUCGAAGAACCGGGCCAGCCUUGACCGUAUGUGUGAGCUCAAGCGACAAAGAAUAGAGACGGAUGGUGGCGAAGACGUCCUCGUUGCGACGUACAUGACGGAAGAAUGGGCUUGUGUCCACGAAUGCGACUGCGAGAAAUGGAGGGAUUCGAAAGGCAUGCGAGCUCUGUUGCCGAGUCGCUCGCAACCUUAUAUUUCGCCCCCUUGGAGUUGCUCAAAUGCGUCGACGUCUGUUUCCGUGAAGCAUGACGCACAAGGUCGGGAAAGGGAGCAAGAAACCAAUCUGGAGGGCGAGCAGCCGCAGAUAGGUCCGGAGCACGAUCAGCGGUCCAUACCGCCAGUCUUCGUGCUUCCGGAUCCGGCGUUACCUCUGCCAUCAGCCAUUCCAUGCCGUGAGCAGCAGCUCAUGCCGGUAACACCGCGUCUGCGUCCCGCGCAGGCCAAGAAAGUAGUCAGCCGUCGCAAGACGCUGACCAUCGUCGCCGAAAGGGACGGCGAGGACUCCGUUACUGGACAAUCCAACGAAAGGCGGACGACUUUUUGA